AUGGGUCUCGUCGCCUCCACCGACCGUCGUCCUGUCUUCUACUUCAUCGGCGACUCCAUCACCGAACAGGCCAGUGAUCCAAGCAAGUCCGGCUUCAUCACCCUCCUACAGAACCACUAUGUGCGAUCAGUCGAUACGAUCAACCGCGGACUCUCGGGCUACAAUACCAAAUGGGUACUACAACACGGUAUGCCGAUUUUCACCAAGGAACUACAGUUCCACUAUUCCGCGUCGUUCGUCACGCUGUUCCUGGGAGCCAACGACGCGAUCGUGGGCGGUCCGGACUUAGUUGUCCAUGUACCACUGGAAGAAUAUCGAGCCAAUCUACAGAAGAUGCUGCACAUGAUCCAGCCGUUGUUGGCUCCGGGAGGCAAAGUCCUGUUGAUCACUCCACCUUGUAUCAUUGACUCGGAGCGCCACGGAGAUCGCUCUAAUGCUUCUGCUGGGAAAUAUGCUCGCGCGUGUGUGGAGCUGGCAGCGGCGGAGAACGUGCACGUGCUGGACUUACACACAUACUUCAAUACUGCGUUCCCGGAUGUGAAAGAGCGUCAGACAUGUUUCGUUGAUGGGCUGCAUUUCUCAGCUAAAGGACACAAAGAAGUCGGGAAGCUGUUGAGUGUAGCCAUCAAUGGGAUGUUUGACAAGGAGGAACUCAAGCGUUUCGACAAAUGGCAACUUCCAGACUGGCAUGAUUUUAUUCACGAGAGGUCUUCGUCACCUGAAGCGAGUAUCUAGUCUCAAUGCUGAUGGUGCUGGAAUACGUCUUCAUUAUAUCUUUCCUUCCCAAG